AUGAACCUCGCAAGGGGUUGGCUCGAGCGGUGCAGCGCUCACCAUGCCAUUUGCAACCAACAGGACCCUGAUUUUAUCCCAACGCGUCUCCUCGACGUCCGUGGUCCCGCAAUUCGUCUAACGCUCACAGAGUCGAAGAAGCGCAAAGAAUAUACCAAGUACUGCUGCCUCAGCCACUGCUGGGGCGGCGUAACCGAUAUGCCGCUCCUCAAGACCACCACCCUCAAGUCCUUCGUAUCCGGGAUCGACAUCACCACCCUCCCACGCACCUUCCAGGAUGCCAUCCUUAUCACGCGCCAGCUCGGCGUCCGCUAUCUUUGGAUCGACUCGCUAUGCAUCGUGCAAGACUCGGCGGAGGACUGGGCCAAGGAAGCGGCCGUGAUGGGCAAGAUCUACCAGAACGGGCACUGCACCAUCUCGGCAGCCGAGGCCGCUAGCGGGCACGGGGGUUGCUUUGUGCGGCGGAAUCCGCUCAACUGCAACCCCCCGUUGGGGUACCCGUCCGUGCAGCCGUCUGCUUCCGGGGCGGAAAUAGAAGUGGACGUCCCGGCGCCUCGGCUGACGAUGGUCGAUGUCUUUACUUCCAAGUUGGCGUCGCGCGGGUGGGUGUUCCAGGAGGCGUUGCUGUCGCCACGUAUCCUGUACUUUGGCCGUGGUCUGUUUUGGAACUGCAAAGCCGGUCAGGCAUCGGAGCUGGAUCCGCUCGGCAGGGGCAUUCUGCAUAUGGGGAUGCAGUAUGGCCCGGCAACCGAUGCCAUCUUCCCCAAACUACUAGAGUCUUCGAGACCGGGCCGCGCAAGAAAGCGCUCGGCCGCCAGCAAGAAACUGCAUAGGGAGUGGAUGCGGCUGGUAGCCACCUACUCCCGACUCCAGCUGACCUUCGAGAACGACCGCCUGCCCGCGCUGGCGGGAAUCGCGCAGACUGUUAUGUCGCUUGCGGGGGGUGUGCUGAAGGGGCAGUAUCUCGCUGGAAUGUGGAAAUGUACGCUGGUAUUCGAUCUUUUGUGGUCCCAGGGCGCGGCGGCCCUAGACGGUCAUGGGCCGCGUCCGCGACUUGACAGAAACGAGUGUCCUUCUUGGUCGUGGGCGUCAAUCGGCGGCGCGGUAGAGUCGUAUCUGGGAACAUGGCAGGACUGGCCUGGUGGGAUGGAGCUGUUUGUCGACAUCGUGUCAGCAACGACCGAGUGUGAUCCGCUUGAUACGGCCAGGACGGGGAAGGUCACAGGCGGCGACUUAACAAUGGAGUGUAUCCCAAUCCCCUGCCACGUCGAGGCGAGGAAAUACGCCACGGUCGAUAUGGUUGAGGUACACUGGCGCCUCAUUGAUGGUGAGGGGAAGGAGAUUGGGAAGGCGACGCCAGAUACCAACCCGAACGAGUUUGUCGAUGGAGCCACGUUUGCGGUGCCGUUUUUGAGAAUAGAGGACGGGUCGGAGAUGGAACUUCAUGGCCUUGUCCUUGUCCAGAAGGGAGAUGUCUUCGCCAGGGUGGCAAAAUGGACGGCGACGACCCCAAAGGUGAGUUAG